AACAUUAAAAACUUCCCUAUACAGGAAAGUUAAUAUAUAAAUAUAUAUAUAUCAACACCGAAUAUGCAUUUUUAGGCAUAUUUUCUCACAAAAUUAUUGAAGCGUAUUCCAUCUCAAAAAGAUCAUACUCAAAAUGCAUUUUGAUCCUUUCUUUCGCACCCCGAAAUGCAGAGAAGUGCAAAAUCCAAAGGUGCCUGGGAGCAGAUCAGGCCAACUCGUUGAAAUUCAAUACCGCUGAAUUCCUAACGCGUUCCUGCUUCACGGUGGUGUAGGCAAGGCCUGCAAGGCAGGGUCUUAUCUGCCCCGGCGCCAAAACUCUGGAAAAGGCAAGGAAAGAUUGACGCAGGUGCCGUUUCCCUUUCAGUCAGUCCCUUUUGGUUGUUUUUUAAGGCUGUUAGGGAAAGCAUAAAUCGAUACUAUGGUGCUGCUAGACAUUUUCAAAGUAUUAUUCCCUUUUCCCCCUGCGGUUGUUUUAUUUUUUGAAGCAGCUGCUGUGUGUGUGAAUUUGUUCCCUCAGAACAGUUUCCCUCAGCAACAGUUCACUGGGAGAAAUGGCCGUUUGCCUCCUGCCUUCUCUUCUCCUAGAACUGCCAUUUCAAAUGGUCAUUCGAAGGCCAAAUGUAUGCAUCUUUUGUGAUUUCAAUAAUUGGCACUUGAAUUUGCUUCCUUAUGCUUUAAUAUGCUUAUUAUCCAAGGCCUAUUGUCAGGCCGGAAGGCGACAUAUAAAUAUUUUAUGUAAGUACCUGACAGUUCCAAUUUUUGUUUCAGUUUGCUUACGUUUCUUUCAGCAGUUUUCAUGAAAUAAAAAUCCUCACUGUAUAUACAUUUUGUUAAUAUGCGAAGUAUCACUAAGUAUAUUACUUAUCUAAAUAUUACUUAUCACUAAGUAAUGCAUUUCUGUAUGUUAUUUUCACAAAUCUAUUUUAUAUGUACUUUCUCCCAACAUACGCAUUUUUGUAGACUUUUCUUUGUAAUUGUAAAAUUGAGUGGCAUGCAAAUCUCAAAAGAUAGCUGUAUUUUAGUUUUGGGGUAGGUUUGCAUUAAAGCAUGAAGUGAACUGAAUUUCUCCCCCAUCCCUAGGUGCAAUAAUGUCAGGACAAGACACAUUUAUAUUGGGUUCCACAAGGAGAAGAGCAAAAAGAGCGCACCAGCCUCUCUGUCUCUCUUAAUGGCUAGUUUGGCCCUUGGCGUACAGAGGAAUAAGCAUCAUCCAAAGGACUGGGAUAUCUUUACGUUUGCAAGGAUGUCCCAAUCCUCAGACACCCUGCACUUCAAUCCGGAGAAAGCUGCAUUUGCAGAGCUCAGAUGAUGCUGGAAUUCGGCAUCAAUGUCGUCCCUUGUGGAAAGAUAACUGCCCAGGCUGAACGUAUUGCUGGCUGGGAUGAACCCCUUCUAUUUCCACGCCGUGAAUGUAGUCCUGCACUGCCUGGUGACCCUUGUGCUGAUGUACACUUGUGACAAAGCCGUCUUCAAGGACAGCCACCUGGCUUUCGUCACGGCCCUCUUCUUCGCUGUCCACCCCAUUCACACUGAGGCCGUAACGGGUAUAGUUGGCAGAGCAGAUGUCUUGGCCUGUCUACUAUUUCUUUUGGCUUUUCUCUCCUAUAAUAGGAGUGUGGAUCAGCUUUAUGUUGGGGAACAUUUCCCCCCCACUGCCUCCCCCUCCUUUUUGCUGCUUAGUUUAUUUCUUGGGACCUGUGCAAUGCUGGUGAAGGAAACUGGGAUCACCGUGUUUGGUGUUUGCCUGGUGUAUGAUGGCUUCUUGCUUUCUCAAAAUAGACUCAGAAUGAAAAACGGAGGGGUGCACCAGAAGAUUCCCCGGCCUCCUUCAGCUUCUCUACACGCUUCGUUGCAAUUUCCGUCAUCCAGCAGGGAAAAUGGGAAGCACCGCGUGGCUCACAAGGGGACGUGGAACUCCUGCCACCCGGCAUCGCCUGAAGAACAGCAGCACAACGGCCUUUCUGUCUUGAGCAAAGUCGUGAGGGCUGUGCUAAGUUACCUGACCAUAAGCAACAAACAGAAGUUCUUAUACAUCACAAGUCCUUUUUUAAAAAGGGCUGCCUUGGUACUUACCUAUGUGAUCCUACUUUUGUAUUUUCGCUUCUGGAUAAUGGGAGGUUCUAUGCCAGCGUUUUCAGAACAGGACAAUCCAGCUUCAUUCUCACCUUAUCUUCUAACAAGGUUUCUUACUUAUUCCUACCUCCUGGCCUUCAAUGCCUGGCUUCUACUGGCUCCCAUUACUCUGUGCUAUGACUGGCAGGUUGGGAGUAUCCCUUUGGUUGAAUCGAUCUGGGACAUGAGGAAUUUUGCCACACUUCUGAUGGCAGCGGUGAUGCUGCUGCUGGGUCUGCACUGCAUAGUAGCAUUCAAGAAACUGGAACACAGAGAAGUUCUAGUUGGCCUGUUGUUCCUGGUUUUCCCCUUCAUACCGGCUAGCAACCUCUUCUUCAGGGUGGGAUUUGUUGUGGCCGAGCGUGUCCUGUAUAUGCCUAGUAUGGGGUACUGCAUCCUCUUGGUCCAUGGCUUAAACAAACUUUGUAUGUGGCUAAAUAAAUGGGGAGCCACUGCAGCGACCCUCUCGGCUUUGCUGCUGUUGCUGUUCUCAUGGAAAACAGUGAAGCAGAAUGAAAUCUGGCUGUCAAGAGAGUCCCUUUUCAGGUCAGGCAUCCAGACUCUGCCCCAUAAUGCCAAGGUGCACUACAACUAUGCCAAUUUUUUGAAAGACCAAGGUCGUGACAGUGAAGCCAUCUACCACUACAAAACCGCCCUCAAGUUGUACCCACGUCAUGCAAGUGCCCUGAACAACCUUGGGACAUUGACCAAAGACUUGGCAGAAGCAAAGGAAUACUACAGCAGAGCCCUCCAGCUGAAUCCACAGCACAACCGGGCCCUCUUCAAUCUUGGAAAUCUGCUCAAGUCCCGGGGGAAGAAAGAAGAAGCUGUUGUCUUACUGAGAGAUUCCAUUCAGUAUGGACCAGAUUUUGCAGAUGCUUACUCCAGCCUCGCUUCACUGUUGGCUGAACAGGACCAAUUAAAAGAAGCAGAGGAAGUGUACCGAGCUGGAAUAGAGAACUGUCCUGAGAGCUCCGAUCUGCACAAUAACUAUGGGGUUUUCUUAGUAGACACAGGAUCUCCAGAGACUGCAGUUUCCCACUACCAGAAGGCCAUUCAGCUUAGCCCCAGUCAUCAUGUGGCCAUGGUGAACCUCGGCAGGCUGUACCGCUCCUUGGGGCAGAACAAAGAUGCUGAAACUUGGUACAAACGGGCACUGAAAGUAGCACGGAAGGCUGAAAUAUUGUCUCCUCUUGGAGCUCUGUAUUAUAACACAGGGAGAUAUGAAGACGCCUUAAAGGUGUACAGGGAAGCUGCAGCACUUCAACCAUCCAACAAGGAGACUCGGCUGGCUCUGGCUCAAGUUUUAGCAAUGAUGGGGCAAACCAAGGAAGCAGAACAAAUGACCAAUCAUAUUGUGACUGAGGAGGCAGAAUGCCUGGAGUGCUACCGCCUUUUGUCAGCCAUCUACAGCAAGCAAGAGAACUACAACAAGGCGCUUGAAGCCAUAGACAAAGCUCUACAGCUGAAACCAAAGGACCCCAAAGUCAUAUCAGAACUCUUUUUCACUAAAGGAAACCAGCUAAGAGAACAAAAUCACCUGGACAAAGCUUUUGAGAGCUAUAAAGUUGCUGUAGACUUCAACCCGGAACAAGCACAAGCCUGGAUGAACAUGGGAGGGAUUGAGCAUAUCAAGGGCAACUACAUCAUGGCACGUGGCUAUUAUAAGAAAGCUUUGCAGCUGGUUCCAAACAGCAAGCUUCUGAAAGAGAAUCUGGCUAAACUGGAUCGCUUGGAGAAACGGCUGCAGGAAGUUCAAGAGAGGGGAUAAAAAUGAAAAAUGAGGGACAGCCAGUGGAGUGCAAUGUCUCCUGGAGAUGAGCGGAAACUGUGGAAGCCCUGAAGCCCACACAAGACAGAAGUGAACUGAAAGGACCUAGCAGGGAGGCAGUGGUGACCCAGACUACGAAGGGUGCACAUGGGAAUCAUGAUGGAGUCGCCAGAAAGCUGUGGGGAGUCCUGCUGCUUCUCUCUGGAUGAGUGGAAGGAUGGGCGAAAAGCUCAUCGUAAUCCAGAAUUAUAUUUGGGUUUGCCUCAUGCUACUUUCCAUUAGUGCUGACAGUAGGAAAUGCUUAUAUAACGUCCAUGUCUCUCACUUGUUAAAAAUCAUCAUCAUCAUCAUCAUCAAGCACUGGGAUGAUUAUGAGAAGUGAAACAGUGGCCUGAUUCAGCAAGGAACGGAGGAGGCAGCCCCCACCAUUCAGUCUUGAUAUAAAGAAUAUUUUACCAUAGAGGCCUACCAAAGCCAGGCACCUGAUUGGCCAAGAAGAUAGUGGGCAGCAGCCAAAGAGGUAAAGAAAUAGCAGCCCCCUUCUAGGCCCCAAUAGGGAUUUUGGUUGCAUUUCCCAGAAAGCAAUUCUCCAUCACCCAAAGAGGAGGUGGGUGCAACUAGCUCUCAGCUGAAUAUUUCGAUCAUGAGGGCAGUUCCAGAAGAAGAAGUCACUCAUAUGAAAAGUCUUUUUCAUUGCAGUUUGUACUGAAGGUCUCACACAGUGUUAGAAGUUUAGUAGCUCUGCUUUUCUUCAAUCCGAAUAACAGGGUGGUUGCUGUUUUUGUAGAGAAUGAAAGUGCCAGAUGGGGGAACGGAGAGAAACAGCUCUGGAAAAACCCCGUCAUAUGGCUUAUUCCCAUAUCAAUGAUAUUAGGGUCCCAAGUUGCUCUUGAACCCAUGCACACUGGGUCCCCCCCGCAAUCAUAGACCCUUGUUUUGCCUCAGAGGUUGACCUCAGGAGCUCUCCUGAGUUUUCAGGACAGCUUGUAAGGUAGUGACACAACAGGUUGUUGGGAGUAUAUGGGAAGCUGCCUUAUACUGAGUCAGACCAGUAUUGUCUACACUGACUGGCAGCAGCUCUCCAUGGUUUCAGACGGGGGACAUUCCCAGUCCUACCUGGAGAUGGCGAGGGUUGAACCUGUUUGUGUGCAAAGCCAAUGAACUGAACUUCCUCCAAAGGAGGAAGGAAGGAAGGCCUUAGAAGGUCCACUAAGCGCACACCAGUGGCUCUUUGGAUCUCAGCGGAAGACAGAGAGGAUGGGAUCAUUUUCCAAUGGUCUUUGGACUUGAUUUGUGCAUGAGGCACAGGGGAGUGAGUGAAGAAAGGGAUUUUGAGGCCUAUUCUGCCCACCUCCAUCUGGAGAUUCUCUUUCUCCCACUGAAUAAAAAAUGAGAUAAAAGAUAAAUAUGGUAGAGAAGAAGGAAGCUCACAGGGAUUGGGUGUUUAUUUUUGAGCGUUAUUUAUUUAACUUUUCUCUGCAGCAUAAGUGAUAUCUUUCACUACUGGGAAUGUAGCUAAAAUUGUGGAUGUUGCUCUUAUUUUUAUGAAGCCAGAGAAGGUAGCAACCACAGAGGGGGAAUGUAUGUGAAUAGUUGUUAAUAUUUCUAGCCUAUAAAGGGUGGCCAACAUGGUGCUCUCCAGAUUUUGCUGGACUGCAACUCCCGUCGGGCCCACCCAGUAUGGCCAUUGGUCAGAGAUGACAAGAUUUGUAGUCCAACAGCGUCUGAAGGGCAUCACAUUGGUGACCCCCUCUUCAGAGCAUAUUUCAGAUGCCUCAGAGCUCUAAAGAUUCUUGUCUUCUCAAUCCUUGUUUGCUCCAUUGAUUGAAUAAAGUUAAAUCCUACUAAGACGAGGAUUCCGCAUGCUCAAUAAAGAGCUCAGACAUCGUGUGCAUUGGUGGGGUUCAUGACGUCAAGUGAAGAGGCCCUCCAUCAGCAAGACCUCUGCUAUGCGAACAAGUCUGCAGCCAAGAAACAGGCAGCAAACGCUUUACUAAAACACAAAGCGCUGUAGUCCAACUUGUUCCUACCUCUUGCUAGACAUUGGCCUCAAUGAGGAUUGUGUCUGUUUUGUUCUAGAGUUUCUGUCAAACGAAUACUGAUGACCGUUUACCAGUUAAUAAUUUAAUCGCGAUAUGCAUGUAACUACUUUCUGCACCCCUUGUUUGGUAACUUACCACACUUUACGGAAUUUGGAGAAUGGCAGGUGCUCAUCAUUUGGCAGGACAAUAUCUUCCCCCCACAUAUGCACUAUUUGGUGGCUGCUGGUUGCCAGUACUUAAUCACUGUUGUCUGCAAAAGGGCAGCUUGGGAAACUUUGGCAGAAAUUGUUAAAUGCCUCAAGGCAUUCUAGAGUGGCAAAGGAAGUGGACCUCAAUAUCUUUAUUGAAAAAAAUAUCAUUACUCUGAGUGGCCUUAAUAAUUAGAUAGUGUGCCCUAGUGGGUUGAGAGUUUGGAGGCCUGGAUUCAAGUCCCACUUCUGCUAUGGACCUGGGCAAGUCAUUGUGUGUUAGCUCCCAUUCCCCAUCUGUGAAAUGUGUAUAGUGCUUACUUAUUACAUGUGGUUGUUGUGACGGCAAAUGCAGCAAGCCACUUCACAAGUUAAGAAUUCUGAAAAGAGUAGAUAUGAUGGAGCAUCAAGAGAUGCAGAAUUAGGUUUAAAGAUUUACUAGUAAAUGUCCCUUUGCUUGCUUAAAUUCUUUGUACCACCCUGAGCUUUCAGGGUGGGGCAUAAAUGUAGAGGGGUUUGGGGGUGGGAAUAGUUUUCCAGCAGUUAAUUUUGGGCCUCAAGGCAGCUGAACUUGGUCAACUUAUAUGUAAGGUCCAUUUUAUCACCUGCAUUUCUUUUAGCAUGCCUUUAAAUGUUGUUGUUCUUGGCAAAGCGUGUAAGCCCAAUGAUUAUAGAUAUUCCCAGUAAAACUAUUGUGGGAAACACGAUACAAUCCAACAUGAAGUUCUGUUGAACAAACCCCAUUGAAAUAAACAACUCAUUGGUAGAUUGUGCACCUAGGCUCUGAUCCAACUUGUGUUGGACAGAUUUCACGUGCAUCUGCAUGAACUUUACUCCCAUUGCUGCGAUGCCUGGGGGAGACAGGAAUACAAUUUUUAAAUGUGCUUGUAUCAGUCAUUUAAAUUGAUUGACAGGCAUGGAGAAAUAUGGAUUUACAAUCACCUUUCAACCUUCCUGGGGGGGGGGUUAUCACCUGUGAACUGAUGCAUUCUAGUUGACAUGCAUUUUUAAUCCUCCGCCUACCUUUUUCUCUCUCUCUCUCUCUCAUUAAACACAGUUGGGAUGUGUUUUUCACAUUCUUAUCUCUCCUCCCUGCACCAAAGCGCGGGAGAAGCGUUGUCAGUUUCAUCCAUAAAUAUUUAUUGCACUACCCCCACCUGUGUUCUACGGAGAAAUUGAUACUGGAGUGGGGGAUGGGGAAUGCUUAUCAAUCUCAUGAAUGCAUAUUUUCCUCACUGUCCCUGCCUUCUCUGCUUUCCAAUGAAACUGACAUAGUUGCGGACUUAUUUUUCUCUAAUGCCGGCCCUUUCCCCUGCCUCCAGGCUACGGCUGAAGAGAGGGGAAGUUUCUGUUUUUCCUUUAGGAAAGCAUAUACGUACAUGCAACACACACUAAUUACUUCAAUAAGGGAGAAGGAAAGAAAAACUGACAAGGCAACUUUACAAUUUCACUAGAGAAUGGGUGGUAGAAAGUAUGCCAAAAAGGAAAAAAGUGGUAUGGAAAACGACAAGAAUUUGUGUUUGAUGAUAUCCCAGUAUAGUUGCAGGGCAAUCUACAUAGAUUUGCAAUUGGACUAGCUGGUUGGGGAAGGGUUGCAGUGACAUUUAAAAACCAGCAGAGCAUAACUUGUGAAAGUUAAGAUUUGCAUUAGCUGGAGUGAGAGAAAAAUGCAGGGUGAAAAUUAAAAUCUCUUUCCCCGCUGAUAAUUAAAAUGCACUUGUGAUUUUGGCAUAAGGUGUGACUACAGCCCACUGAAAACAACAGAACAAGUUGUGCCUAACUUAUGAUUUGCUCACUGCAGCUAGAUCUGGACCAUAGUCUUUGGAGACCUACAGUGCCACAAAUGUAUAAUAUUUCAUUUUCAAGCAUCCAUACGCUACAGUGCAAUCCUAUACAUUUCUACUCCAUCGUUAGUCUCACUGAGCAGACCCAGGUGAGUGAGUAUGAGAUUGCAGCCUUCAUAGCUUUCCCUGUAAGCCAAUACUUCUUGAUAAUAUUUAGAAACCUAAUUGUAACAUAUCUGAGGACUGAAAAACAAGAAGACAUUAGAUUUGUAAAACAAGAUAAGCAGUGCUUUUUUCCCUGGGGGGACGCAUACCCCUAAACGUUUUAUGAAUCUUUGUACUUUUGUCCAUUUACUGUAUUUAUUUUUUCCGAUUUGAACUAUAAAAUGGUGAUUUUCUUGAGUCAAAAUGAGAGUACCCCUAAACAUUUUUUAAGGAAAAAAAAGCACUGAAUAUAAGUAUAAAUAUUUAUCAUUCUACAUAUUGGCUGCAUAGAUCCAGAAUGUACACAUUGCGUUUAUUUUUGUAACUUAAGGAAAACACAUUAUUUUUUUAAGGAAUGGCGUCUUGAAAAUCUGUCUCCUUGAUCUGAGAUAAUACAAGGUUUUUUUGGGUUUUGUUUUGCUAGUAUGAUGAUAAUGGUUAAGCAAAGCUUUCCUGUCUUAGUAUGGUUACCACAUGUUAAUUCAUCCAGUUACCUUUGCCAGGUGUUGACACUGGGGACUGAGGGUUGUAUUCGGUUACCUAAUUGUGCAAGUGGAACGACUUCUGCUUGUGCAAUGCUACUUCCUCCUUCCCCUGCCACCCUCCCCCAAGUAUGCUCUGGGGGUUACCCCAACCCUCCAGAGCUGAUUUGGGAAAUGGAAUAAGGUGUGCACAGAGAAGGAGAGGAAGGAAAGUUCUGUAAGUGGAAUCAUUCAACUCACACAAUUAUUUAGUUUAAUAUCACCCUGAAUCUCAAAGGGAGGCAGAGAGGGCUGAUGAAGGGAAGGCUUUAGAUUUGGGCAAAUUUGUAUAUUUAAUCAGAAACCAUCCAAAAUCCAUUGUGGCUGCAGAAAAGAUAGCGGUCCCUCUGUACAUUAGACCUGAAAUAGUAUUAAAGGAUUGUAGUCAAUGAACUUUUACUCAGAGGUAGAUGCAUUGAAAUCAUGGUUAUUACUAACUUAGCCCUGUUAAUUUCAGUGGAUCUACUCUAGAGUAACAAUUGAAUACAACCCAAGGAUGCCCAUCAGAGCCGUCAUAUGAGUUAGUCUUGACUAAAAGGCAUCCAUGUCACAAUCUUUUCCUAUCAGCCGUUCUGUCUUCACUUUUACAUGUUUUGGCUUGCAAGUCUGAUGGCGAAAAUUACUUUUAAUCCAGCUUGCUCACAGCUGCUUUUCCCAGGGGUUAAAACCAACCCCUCCUAAAACAAAGCAAGCCACUUUCAAGCCAUGUAUAUUCCUCAGUAUGUUAAGAUUUUGCAGUCAAUAAGCAGAAGUGGAUGCUGUCUUCUUCCAUGCCCCCCAACCCAGAAUAAACUUCUUUUUGCAUCUACUACCCAGCCACGAUUAUGGCAUGGAUAGACCACUCCCUCUCAGUUGAACCUACCUUUCAGGGUCGUUGUUAGGAUAAAAUUGGGAGGAGGAUAAAAUUGGGAGAACUACGGUAUGUAUGCCACCUCGAGCUCCUUGGAGGAAGGCAGGAUAUAAAUGCAAUAUAUAUAAAAUAGUCAAUGCAGUUGACAUGUUUUGGAAUGCAGCUAGGAUCAGACAAGUUGUAGUAUUUCUGGAGAAAAGAGAUGAACACUCUUUAGGAUUAUGCUUCUUGUUCUGCUACACCUCUCCUGCAGUAACAGUUUAUAGGCUUAAAACCUCAUGCCAACUAAUGCAGCAAUUCAUUUAAUUGUGUAUUGUCUCCCAGUGCCGUGAUUGCAGUUUCACCAAACUCUAUAUACACUAGAGAAUCACGUGUGUUAAUUUUUUAAUAACAGGAAUGGUUCCAUUGAUGGUCUGAUUUGGGCCCCUUUGCUAGGUGAAUCAGGAGAGUCUUGGUGAAAGGCUCACUUUUAAAUAAGGGUUCAUAUUUGUCUAAUUACAUUACAAUGGAUUUCUCUCCCACUUCUGCUGAACUAAUAGAGCAGGUUAAUUGGUAAUAAAAUUGAUCUUGUUCUCAUAGAUAUAAGACAGCUCUUCCCCUCUCUUUCCCCCCCCCCCCAUAGCUCACCGACGUAAUGCAGCUAUAAAUACUCUGGCUCCUUUCCUGCUACUGCCAUAUACUUAGCCUGCACAGCAUGUAUUAUGGACACCUUUUUUGCAUUACAGAUAAUAAUAAUGUUGCUUGGCAGUUUUCUUCUUAUAUUGCUUAAGUACUGUUUUCAAAGCAGACCUCUACAGACAGACGCUGGCCAAAUCCAAAAGGGAAGGGAUGGCUCUGAGGGAAUAGGAUAAAAUUUCAGGGUAUGGAGAUUAUAUAUAUUUCAAUAUCAUAUCAAGUGGCAAGUCAUUGAAAAGGGAGCUCCUGCUUCCCUGUGUCACUAGGAUUAUAUUUUAUUUAAAAAGGAAAGCAAGCUAUUGAGGGGGAAAUUGUAUUGCUCCAGUCUACAAACAGCAUACGCACAGGUCCUGCUAUCCGAACGCAAUGUGCUCUCAGGAAAACAUUUGUUAGGUGAGCAUUUGCAUAAUGAGCUGACAAUUUCCAUUGAUUCCUAUGGGGAAAUUUCUAAUGUGUUCCCAACCAUGGAAUUUUGACCAUAAAAUGAUGUGAAAACCCUCUGAAACCUUGCAAAAAGCUAACAAGGAAGGGCAAAAUGCUCUCUUAUUUGUCUGACCUCCCUCCCUCCCUCCCUCCCUCUCAUCAUGGUUUCUGAUGAAACAACUGCCACAGACCAGCAAAACACAAAAAAAUAAAGCUUCUUUAAGUCUGUUGAUUUGUUUACACUACUACACGCAGGUCUGGCAGUUUGGAGAUCUGAACCUGCGGUGUGUAUAGCGAGGUUUGGGUACUAAUUCCUUGUGUUUGGAUAAGUGAAUUUAUCUAUAAUGGGCGUUUGAAUAUCAGGACCUCUGUAUACUUUCCCCCCUUGUUCUUAGUUCAUUUUCCUGAGGUCUUCAAAGUGCUGCAUUCACGUAGCCCAGAGAUAGAAAACCUGAGGAUCUCCAGAUGUUGUUGGACUACAACUCUCAUCGCACUCAACCAGCAUGGUGAGGGAGGUGUAGUGCAGCAACAUCUAGAGCAGUACAGCAGGAAUUGGUGUGCCAGAUGUGUGUGCCUGUGUAGAGGUGGUUCUCUCUGUAGUCUUCAAACUACUGUCCUUAGGGACUCUUAGGGUUCCUCUGAAGCACAUGCAUGUUUCUUUGAACAGAAGAUCAACAAUGGGGAGGGGAGUCCCCCUGAAAAGCAGAUUUCUCAUGCCUAUUGGUCCUGCUUUGCAGAACACAGGGAAGUGCUAGGAAUUUCUAGGUCUUUCUCCUAAGUGGCCAUGGCAACAGAAGAUUUGACAGUAAGCUCCAGGGCUUGCUGAGAGAUGGAAUACAUGUGUUUUCCCCCCUAUAUAGAAGGUCCCAGGAUCUAUCUGUGGCAUCUUGAGUUUAAAAUGUCAGUACUGCACCAGGUAGAGGGUAGGGGUGAAAAAUAUCUUACAUUUUAUGGACACCAUUCAUACGAACAUAAGAAACUGUCUUCAGACCAUUGUUCCAUCUAGCCCAGUAUGUCUGUUCUGAUGGACAGCAGCUCUCUGGGAGUGCCAUGUAGGGAUGGAGGAAUCUAUUAAUUUCUGUUCUUUCCUCUUCUUAUUUUUCCAAUCUUGAAUUUAGUUCUUCCACUUUCUGCAGCAAUUUCCUAAUUUCAUUCUUUAAAAAAAAAAUCUCACAAAAAUUCCUUCAGCGUUUUAGUGUGUAUCUCUCCCGAACACAAAUUUGCAUGCAGUUUUGACUAAAAUACACAUUUUUUGCAAGCAAUUUCUCAUAAUACAUUUCAUUUCUGUUGUUUUUUACUUAUAUAUUUAUUUAUUUUUAUGCACACUUUCCCCUAAUACAUGCAUCUCUGUAAACAUCAUUCAUUUGGAGAACUGCAUUGCAUCAGUUACGUGCAAGUUUAGAGAGAUACCUGCAUUUCAGCUCUCAUAGCAACCUGGUCCUUUUUUAAAACUGGAGGUGCCUAGGACUGAAAUGGAGACCUUGAGCUAAGGUCUCCCACCAAUAGGUGCCCAUGACAACUGCAACAAGAUGUACAUGUGCCUAGAGCACCAGCACUUUCUUAUGCUUUUGGUGGUGGGUGGGGCCUAGUUGUGGCAAAGGUAUGGGCUGGAAUUCAAUGUAGUGCUAAGAAGAUGGUUCGCAUCAGCACAAGCAUUUCUGCUUGCCUGAAGGAAUGAUCUCACAUUUGGGGGUGCACUGACCUGGGGGUUCUCACGAACCUCCAGAGCAGAUUCAGGGGAGAUGCGUGGGUGGGAAAGUUCCAUUGUUCUUCUGGGAGUCCUUUCACUACUGGAAUGGGGUAGCUGAAUCCGUCCCUUAGCACUGAGUGGUAUGAAAAUUGCAAAAUCAAUUUGACAAGCAACCUUGGUGGGACUCAGAACAAACAUAAUGUUGUAGGCUGUGUGAGUUUUCCUAAUACCACCUCUGGGAAGCUAUAAGUUGAUUGAUUCAUUGAUUCACAGCCUAUAAGUUGAUUGAUUCAUUUAAGAACCUGACAAGGUCCUUCUGUAUCUUGGUUCUUGUUUGCAAUCGCACUGCACUUCGGCUUAUUGCUCACCUGCUUUUUCAUCUGUGAAAAUUUAGUCCUAAAGGGCUUUUUGCCUUAAGGGGGAUGUGCAAUAGUUUUAUCAAGUAAGCAGCCCGCUUCUAUGUACACUUAAUAACAAGCAGCAACAAGAAAACCUGCUUUGGCUGUUAAUGGUGUUUGAAAAGUGUCACCAUUGAUGAUGGUAAUCUCUGAAAAUAUGUGCUGAACUUCCUUGUGAUGUUUAUAUGAAUUUGUUUGAAAAUUAUUUUCUUCUGAAAAGUCUCUGGGUCACGGCUGUGGCUUCUAUGGAGAUCUCUCUGCUGAAACUGGAUGCCGUUAAUCUACUUCAACAAGCAGAAGUUAAUUUUGCAUAGCUGUGGUGUUUCUCUGUCUUUUGUCUCCGUCACUUUUGCCUUUCUGAACUAUCAGUUGUUUUUGUUCCAUCAAUUAAAUGCACAAUUUAGCAGUGGGAUGUAUGUCAGUGAUAACAGGAUUUUGAAAGGUCCUUUAUUUUCAUUGUCAAAUUAUGAAUUUUGCCUACAGAGGUUAUGAUCAAAGAAGUCUUUGAACGAAGCAAAUGUAUAUAGAUGUCUAUUUUAUAUAAAAACAAUAUAAACGUGUCUGAGUUCCUUCUGCCAGACUGCUUUUCAAUUA